AUGUCUACGCCUUCAAAUGAAAUAUCUAAUGUCUCAACAUCAACGACUUUGCGCACUGCCAAACAAAGACUAUUGGCUGAGCGAGCUGCCAAUAAAGAUGCCAAAAAACGCAAGGAUUGCCCGUUGAAAACGGAUGAUGAUCAAAACUGCCCAGAAUGUGUCUUUACAAAGGAUGGACCUGACCAAUGGUUACACUGCCAUUGUGGAAACUCGGUCAAAAUGAUACACGGUAGGAUUCACUAUGCCAAAGCCCAUUGGGAAUCAAUAACUUGUAAGACAGCAACAGCAAAGCUUCGACGGGCUGUAGAUCGACCAAAAAGUCUUAAUGGUUCAAAUAAUCAUCCACAAGUUUUUGAUGUCCGAUGUGCAGGCCUGACUGACAAGACAUGGCUGCGUCCAGGUCAACAACCUAUGUUGACAUGUAUCCAGCAUUCCUGCACGGCUUAUCACGGAUAUCCACCAAGGUUUACUAAGAGCUCUUGUCGCUUUCCACGUGGAUCAUCAGGCGUGAUGGAAGUCAGGGUUCAAUUCAUUCCACCAAAUGUACUCAGCGAGUUUCAACCCUCGAUUCUGGGGCUGUUGAGGGGUCCAUUCCACGAACUUCUUUUACGCUAUACUGAGCUACAGCAGUUGAUUCAAUCAGUUGAACGAUCAACAAGAGCUGGCGACCUAGAGUUCUGGACAACUUUUGGUGUCCACGCCCGGGCUGGACUGUUUAAAGAUGUCCCAAUGCUUCGAGCAGUAGCAGAGGGAGUUGCCAUUCGGGCUGAAAGGGAAGCAAAAGGCUUAACAACUCGUGGAAUGCCAUUCAACGAGUACCUCGACAACAUGCUUACAACUGCAGGAGCAUACUCCAAAGGUGCUUCCGAGCUGUUUCGCGCAAACCUUGCUGGACGCUCAUCUCGUGGCUUUCGCUUACAACGCCAACGGAUUGGUGCUCGGAUGCACGAUAAAUUUCACAUCGAUAAUGUUCUUCCGGUAGUUGCUUGGCUUGAGCGAUACGGAUACAGUGGGCCAGUAUCAGCAGGAACAGACCAGACGGUAUGCGUGAAGGCGCUUCGUUACAACAACAGCUGUUUGGUUGGUGUAGAAGGUGGUGAUGUUGAAGUUUCCGAUCUCGAACACCUAGAGAAGUUGGUGGAGCAUGCAGUUCAAGGAGAUCACCUGUGUAAGAAGCUACCGUUAUCUCAGAUUCGAGCAUACACUCUACAGGUCCCUCUUCCGAACGUUCCUACAUUCGUGGUGGCUUUGAUUUCUAGUCGUGAGGAUGAGUCUGCUGAGGAUAUCAAGGCUCAGCACCUUCAGUUCAUCAAUCUACUUGAAUCUGUUGGAAUUCGACUCAUCUCAUUGGGGUCUGAUGGUGCAGCAUCUGAAGUGCUCGCACAAGAGUUACUUGUCAACUCGGCGACAGAACAUUUGGAGUUCUCAGCUCCCAAACUCAGUGUCAACAUACGUGUUCCACUUCUAGGGGCCUCGAAACGACCAGUUGUAGUAGUACAAGAUCCUAAACAUGCUAGAAAGACAGCUUCAAAUCAACUACUUUCUGGGGCGCGUUUCUUAGCUUUUGGACGAUUCAACGUCAACCUUGACCAGCUCCUCACUUUGCUCCAAACUGAAGAGUGCCCACUUGGCUAUAAAGAUGUAUUAAACACAGAUAAGCAAGAUGAUGGGCGAGCUUACCGAACUUUCAGCGAGGACACUUUCAAGGCUGCUUGUGCACAGCCAGAUUGUCUUGGUCUGGUAUUGUAUCUCUACAUAUUUGGCGAGCUUGUUGAUUCUUGGUUGAACCAGAGCAUGCCACACCGAGAAAGGAUUAUUUCAAGUUAUACGGCAGUCUUUUUUGUACGAAAGUGGAAGGCAUAUCUACUCAAACGUCAAAAGGAACCAGGGAGCUUGAUGAAUUUAUCCUCAAACCAGUCUCACCGUGACCACUACCCUACGCACCCGCUAAUGCCCUGGAAACAUGGCACUGAGUGUUGUGAGCACAUCUUUGGAUGGAUGCGGGUAAUUUCUCCAACUUUUACUGUAUUAGACGCAAGGCAGAUGAUGCCAAAGAUAUUUGCUGUGAUAAAGAGCAUCAUGAGUGGGCAUAUCACAUUACCCAUGAGUGAGAAUCUGCACGCAGGCUACAAACACGAUUUCUCACCCAAUAACACUCACGAUUUCAGCUACAUCCUCAGUCAGUAUCCCAGCAACAGCGAAAUCAAUGAACUACUUGAGCUCGCGGAAUCUCGGGCAGAAGAACUAGCAGCUUUUGCUGGCAUGACAACAAACAAUUCAGCAGCACCACUCAACAACUUCACAUCUGAGGAGGCCUGUGGUGAACAUGAGCUUGAUGUAUCUGUAUCAAUACACAAACGAUCUUACCUGAACUAUCCUUUUGAACCUGAAACGAUCACUGUUGAACAGGCAUUAGAAACUGCAGCGGGAUUGACAAGCCAGCACCAAGAAACCGAUGUACUGAUGUCUCAAAUAACUGUGAACUUGGAAGCUCUAGCACUCGAACUACUAGAACCAUAUGUGACUCCUUUGACUACGUCAGAAGCUCUGGUGAAAUCAGAUGGGACUUUGCACAUUGACCAAAUGCUGUCCAAAAGACACGCACAUGACAGUCAAGUCAAAAAUUAUCACGGUCCAGAGAAACCACGUAUCACACCAAAAGAUUUACCUGUCCCGCAGUACGAUCCAGACACCGGCCACGAAGUUUUGUUGCCGAGUCAAUACAGUAAAGCAGUUUCCUUCUUCUGGCGUUCGCACGAGGAUCCAGAGUACGGUGAAGCCCGUAAACAUCGGUGGAGAACACUUGGAAAGCGCAAGUCGCGUGAACUAACGAACAAGCAACCUGAAAUAAAUGUUGCAGAAUCAGGUGUAGGAUCACAAGUCCGGGAUGUAGACGAAGUAGAUCAUAGACCAGAUCAAAUCUUUGGAAUGGGUGCGAUAACAGCCACAAAUCCUCUUACUAAAAACAAAUGGGUUGUAGUUAUAAAGCAAGAUCAGUACUUCUACCUUGGCCAGGUUCUGGCUGUGUUUGAGCAUCACUCAGGAAAGCACGCGUGGAUUGCAGAGGCUCAUUCACGCGAAAAGGUAUCCUACGUCUCACUUAAGAUCUAUCAGUACAAGCCAGGUCAAGCAAUUAUUCAAGCAGCUCAUAAUGAGGAGCUUCCGAAUGAAUUUACCUUCAGUCAUCUUCCUGCAAAAUAUAUUGCGUAUGUCUUCACACCACAACAUGAUGAAUCAGUCUUCUUGUUACUUGAAUCUGGUCAUUAUCAAGUGCCUUCUUUGCUUGAUUACUUGAUUGCUAGUCGUCCUGCGUGGCAACGGCUGUUCUCGCCUCAAGGCGUCAAAAAAUCUUCUCAUAGGCGAACGAGGAAGGCUGUGGAAAACGAUUCGUAG